GUUGACUACCAUACUGAAGAAAUUACUGUCUCCAAACGUUGGAAUUCUCUACAUAAAUUACGUUUUCCGAUUCUGCUUCUUAGGUUUUAUGUUGGUUACGGUUUCUACAAUGAACUUUCAGAAAUAUUUGAUUAUAUUAUAUACGGUUGGAGCUCUAACGCAGUUUUACGUACUGUGCUUUUGUAUGCAAGAAUUACUAGAAGCGAGUAGAAGUAUUGCAGAUGACGUGAUAUAUGAAACUUGGUAUAUGUAUGAUAUGCCGUUGCAACAUGUAACUACUAUGAUAGUUUUAGGUAAUAAAUUGGAAUGCAAGUUGUCUAGUCUUCGCAAUAUUGACUUAACUUUACCGUCGUUCAUGUCGGUAAGUUUUUCGGAGGUUUAUUUCUUCCCUAAGGGACUAGGGUAGUCACGUGACUUUUCUAACAUUUGUCAAUUUUUUGACGUGUUUUGCUUUGUUUUAUGUAUAACCAGGCAAAAAAUAUGAGUUCACGCUAUUCCAUUUUACAGCUUUCUUCCUCAGUAAAUCAAGACAAAAUUCGGUCUGUACUUUCGAAAACCCUUAUGCUCCGAAUUAACUAGCAUUUUAGAAAUCGGUUUCUUUCUUAACAGAAAUU